UCUCACUUAGAUACAACCAAUAUCUAUUAUAGGCUUACUUUACAGUUUAGAAAUAACCAGUUCAGAAAGUCAAACUCUUGCUUUUAAGCCUUUGGUUGGAAGCUAUUAAGGAGAAUGAGUGGUCAGGAACUGGUCACUUUGAAUGUGGGAGGAAAGACAUUCACAACACGGCUUUCCACCAUACGACAGUUCCCUAUGUCUCGGCUGGCACGUAUGUUAGAUGGUCGGGACCAAGAAUUCAAGCUGGUGAAUGGCCAGAUUUUUGUGGACAGAGAUGGGUUGCUGUUCAGUUAUGUCCUGGAUUUCCUGAGAACUCGACUACUUUCUUUACCCACUGACUUUUCAGAUUAUUCAAGGCUCCGAAGGGAGGCUAAUUUCUAUGAACUUGAUCCUCUGGUUGAGCUUCUUGACCAAGAACUGCUAAAGCCUAAGCCAGAAAUUUUAGAGGUACGUUUUACGUGCCAGGACACUCGAGCCUUUUUCCGGGUCUUUGGCUCUUGUAGCAGCACAAUUGAGAUGUUAGCUGGGCAGAUUACAGUGUUUAUAGAGCAGCCUUCUGCCCAAACCUGGAGCAGUAGCUCUUUCCCUGCUCAGACGACCUUUCUUCCAUUUCCACCACAAAGACCUUCAUACCAUGACCUGGUUUUCCAGUGUGGCUCUGAUAAUACUACUGGCAACCAGGCCAAAGCCAGGUAUGUUGCUAUAAAGCCUGAUAAUCGAAAACUGGCCAAUGGAACUAAUGUACUAGGACUACUUGUGGAUACUUUGCUAAAAGAGGGCUUCCACCUGGUGAGCACUAGGACCGUGUCUUCUGAAGAGAAUGUUGAAUGCUACAGUUUUGAAAGGAUGAAUAGGCCUGAUGACCUUACCAUUAAUGAAAGAGUGAAACCAGAGCCCACCACUGCAGCCCAGCUGAUGCCAGUACAGUCUCAGAAAAAGAAAUGAAGUGCUUGGUCCUCAUUUAGACUAAAAGGGGGUAUUUUCUUUUAAAAGAGCAACAUUUCAAAGGAAAAAAUAAUGCAUAUACACAUGUAGACACAUACAUAUAUAUUAUAUAUAUUUUUUUGAUGGUGGGGUCAGGAGUUUCAUGCUUUGGGUAGGAUGUGCUGACGUGUGCUAAAUUCUGAGGUAAAAAUGCUAGGUUUCUCCUUCAGUCAUUUCACAAGCAGUGAGACCUGCCUCUGAGCAAGGAUGUGCAGAACUAAGUAUAUUACAUUGUUUUAGGAAUCAGAACUUGAAUAUAUUGAAGGAUGAUGAAGUGGGCAGGAGUGGUUGUUACAGUGUUUGUUUUUUUGCUGUUUGGUGUGAGCAUCAUCCUAAAAAUUUGGGUUUUUUGUUGGUUUUUU